AUGGUCAGCUUUUCCUGUGAAGUUUGCAACGAAACUCUCAUCAAAAAGAAGGUCCGCAACCACUACUGCCGUAACGCGGCCUUCACCUGUCUCGACUGCAACAAGACGUUUUACGGUAACGACUAUAACGCCCAUAACCAGUGCAUUUCCGAGGCCCAGAAAUAUGAAAAGUCUCUUUAUAACCCCAAGAAGAAAAAUGGCCGACAAAACCAGAACCAAAAUAAUCAAACUAAGCCUAAUGAGGAGUCUAAACCAGAACCUAAGCAAGAACCUAAACCAGAACCAAAGAAAGAGACCAAGACUGAACCUAAACCAGAACCAAAGAAAGAGACCAAGACUGAACCUAAAAAGGAGGAUUCAAAGAAAGAUAACAAAAAAGAAUCAACUGAUCUACUAGACUUUAUUAAGGGUCCAACAGAUCUUUAUAAAAUUGUUAAGAAACUGGAAAAAACAACGAAAAAGGACAAGAAAGAGAUUCUCAAGGGUCUUACGGCUGAAAAACUCGCUGAUGGUAGCAUCAUUCUUAAGCCCUCGGCAUAA